AUGUCGCUGUAUAUGGGAGCUGGGUCUCAUACAGUGAAGGCGGAUUUGAGGGUCGAGUUUCAAAUGGUGGACCUUCCGACCAGCCUGGGCGUCAUCACGGGCGCGCAGGAGUUCACGGAGCAGCCGACGUCCCCGCCCACCACAGGAAGACCUUACUUCGCCUUCAGGGGAAUACCCUUCGCACAGGCGCCGACGGGGAGGCUACGGUGGGAGGACCCGGAGGAGCUGGGGGAGGCGCCCUGGCCCGGAGGUCGCCUGGACGCCACCCAGCACCGCCCCUUCUGCCCCCAGUACGACUACGAUGCGAACCAGGUCGUCGGCGAUGAAGACUGCCUGUUCCUCAAUGUGUUCACGCCUUUCUUGCCAGGUCACGCACGGGAGCGGUUACCAGUAUUGGUGUUUCUGCAUGACGGCUGGUACCUGAAAGGAGCUGCGUCCUCUCUCGGUCCGCAGAAGCUCCUGAGGGAGGAUGUCGUCCUUGUCACGACCAACUUUCGUCUGGGUGCUCUUGGGUUCCUAAGCAGCGGGGACACGACUCUGGCGGGGAACUACGGCGCCCUAGACCAGGUGGCGGCGCUGCGGUGGGUGCAGAGGAACAUCGCCCAGUUUGGCGGCGACGCGAACCGGGUGACGCUCGGGGGCUUCGGCUCGGGCGCCUCCUUCGUCCACCUCCACAUGCUGUCGCCGCUCUCCAGAGGCCUCUUCUCGGGCGCCAUCAUGAUGAGCGGCGCCGGGAACUGCCCUUGGUCGACCUCGCAGGAGCCCUGGGAAGUCACCUACGACCUGGCACGGAACUUGGGCUGCUCCACGUGGCCCGCGUCCAGCAUGAGGGACUGCCUGGAGGAGAAGUCGCCGCGGGACAUUCUCAAGGCGCAGGCGGACAUGCAUCGCUACGUGUUUUGGCCGAUGCUCUUCAGGCCCUCGGUGGACGGGGGGCUGAGAGAGGACCCCUUCCUGCCAGGGUCUGUCGGGGUCCUCAUGACGCGGCCCCCAGCCUCGCCUGUGCCGCUCCUUAUCGGGGGAGUUCCUGACGAAGGCAUCCUCAUCGCCCUGAGUGAGUCCUCCAUCGCCAUCUUCGCCGAGGGCGCCGGGAGUCCGAGCCAGACGUACGACGAAGCGGCUCGCUACGUGUUCGAGAGCCUUUGGUCGAACACUACCGAGGACGACGUCGAAGCCGCUGCCGCUGCUGCCGAGGCGUUCUACUACUCGGCGCAGGCCAAGGACGACCUCAGCACACUGGCUGAAGAGAUGAGUGAGGCCAUGACAGACCUCUGCUUCACCUCGUGUGUGUGGGACGCCGCCUCCUACUUCGCCGCCUCCUCCAGAUCACCUGUUUACACCGCGCCCUUGUACCGCCUGGCUGACAGCGUGGGCGUGAGGAGUCCCUACAUCCUCUCGGGCGUGUCUCACGGGGAUGACCUCGCCCUCAUUUUCUUCCUGCCUUACGAACUGGGUCAGGCCGGGGCGCAGGACCAGCAGAUCUCCUCGCUGCUCACCUUCACGUGGGCCACCUUCGUGCACACCGGGUCUCCCCAGGCUGCCGACGCCUCAACGACCUCGCUGCCCGUGUGGACGCCCCUCGUAGCCGGAGAACCCGUCACCCACUACAUCCUCUCCUUCACCCCUGGGAUGUCCGCCAGGCCCUUCAGGAGAGAGGAACUUCUGGCGCCAGACCCUGAGCUACGUGGACGAGGCGGCGGGAUCUUACUACCCUUGGCUGAUCACCACCUGGGUCCUGCUGGCGCUCCUGCUGCUUCUCCUGCUGGUCGCGGCGGCGUCUGCGUGGGCGUGUGGCGUGUGCGGAGGCGGGAUAAGUACCCACCAAGGGGGUCUUCCUCCCUGACCCUCCAAGCACGCCGCCACCGGAACCCAUCGUUGCAGUCGAGCUCGGGGGGCGUGGCGAACGCGGGCGUGUCGUCGGACCCGCACGCGUUACGGAAAAAUAUUCUGUAG